ACUGGCUUGGAGGGUACGGCAUCAUAACAUCAAACAUCAAAGAAGCAUGCUUCUCGCAAUAGUAAAACAGGAAAAAAAUGUAUCAUUUGUUUUAUUGACUAUAUUAGCUUACACCCUCAUGUGUAUCGCCUACGAUCCCGAAGAUGUCGAAAUAAAAAAUGUAAUUUUAUCAAAUGGCACAUUCACAGCAUUUUAUCCCCGAGAAACAAACGGUAUACCUAAUAACAAUGUUAGAGCACCAUUUUCACAUGGUAGUUUUUUUAAAAAUAGAAAUCCUGCAUUAGUAGAUGUUCGUAAUGCUGCUGCUUACGGAUACAGAUUUGAUGGUAAACGUCGCUUCAAUUUUUAAACUUACUGGAAAAUUCUAGAGAGCCACAACAUUGCUUCUUAGUUUAAAUAUUGAGCUUAUAAAUACAAUUUGUGUAAUGAUUUAAUUACUUGUUAUUUGAAUAAAGGUUAGGUUUUCAUAA